AUGCUCCCAUCGAGGCGGAGCAUCCGGCCCAGCGCGCCGCCGCUGCUGCUAGCACUCCUCGCCCUCGUGCUCUUUGCAGGCACCGCCUGGGCGUCGGUGGGCGACCAGCUGCCCGAGUUUAAAGACUGUGUCCAGGUCUGCAAGGCUGAAAACUGCCGCGAGGGACACCAAACACCAAUCCCCCUCCACCGACGCCUCCUCCUCUGGGACUGCCCCGCCGAGUGCGACUACACCUGCCAGCACAUCAUCACGCGCCAACGCGUCGCCUCAUCAUCGCGCGUCGUGCAAUUCCACGGCAAGUGGCCCUUUUACCGAUUCCUCGGCGCGCAAGAGCCCUUUUCCGUGCUCUUUUCCCUCGGCAACCUCUGGGCGCACUACAACGGCCUCGCCAAAAUCCGCGCCCGCGUCCCUCCACGCUACCCGCUCCGGCCCUUUUACGUCGUGCUCGCCUACGUCGGCAUCGCCUCGUGGGUCGCCUCGGCCGUCUUUCACGUCCGCGAUUUCCGCGCCACCGAGCAGCUCGACUACUUUGCCGCCGGCGCCAAUGUGCUCUACGGAACGUACUAUGCGCCGGUCCGCGUGUUUCGUCUGGAUCGCCCGACGCCGACGAGGCGGUCGGCGCUGCGUGCGUGGACGCUGCUCUGCGCGCUCAUGUAUGCGGCGCAUGUGGCGUACCUCAAGGGCGUGCGCUGGGACUACCAGUAUAACAUGACGGCGAAUAUUGCGGUCGGCGCUGUGCAAAACGUCUUGUGGACUUGGUUCAGCGUGCAAAAGUAUAGGCAGUCGAGGCGCCUGUGGACGGCCUGGCCCGGUUUGGUCGUCGCCUGGGUCAUGCUCGCCAUGAGCAUGGAGCUGCUCGACUUUCCGCCCUGGCUGGGCCUGAUUGAUGCGCAUAGCCUGUGGCACUUGUUCACGAUUGCGCCCACCAUCCUGUUUUACAAUUUUCUCGUCAUGGACGCCACGGCCGACAUUGCCUCGACCGAGAGACUAAAGGCAUAG